CCCUGGGCCACAGAAGCGCCGGCAACUCCCGAACAAGCAGGAUCUCUCGCUCGUUGCUCUGAUUUCAUUGUUUUUGUUGUUCUUUGAUCCAGUGACGGGACCAUGGCGGACUUCCAGCUGCAAACUGGGCCCAUCGACGCCGAGACCAAGGCGCUCGCUGUCAAAGAGCUCCGCGAAACCGACGAGAAUGUCAAGGAGGGCAUCGAAAAGCUCAGAAAAUUGUUGGAAGAGGACGAAAAAUUGCACUUCAGAACGGACGACGAUUUCCUGAAAAUCUUUUUGAGGCCAUGCAAGUUUUAUCCAGAAUCGGCAUACGCACUGAUGACACGGAUCGCCGAAUUUAAGCAAAAAAACUCAUCACUGUUGGACAAUUUAAUGCCUGCAGACGAAAAAGUAGCUUUCCUCGAGAAUAACGUGGUUAAUGUGCUCAAGAAUCGGGAUCACAAACGUAGACGUGUCCUCAUAGUCAAUGCCGGCAAAUCCUGGGAUCCAUCGCGUGUCAAUGCGGAUCAAAUGUUCCGCAUCUUUUAUCUUAUUCACGAGGCUGCUAUUCUUGAGCCAGAAACACAGGUACACGGUGUGGUUGUUAUUAUGGACUUCGAUGGUUUGUCAAUGAAACAAGUUUUAGGUUUGACUCCGGCCUUUAGUAUGAGGCUCCUUAGUUUUAUUCAAGAAGCUAUGCCACUUCGUCUCAAAGAGGUUCACUUCGUGAAAGAGCCAUUCAUCUUCAACAUGGUAUGGCAAAUGUUCAAGCCAUUCGUGAAGGAAAAGUUGAAGAAGCGCAUGUUCUUCCACGGCUCGAAGAUGUCCUCGCUUCAUAAGCACAUGGCACCAAGUCAUCUGCCCAAGAACUACGGUGGAGAACUGCCUGAGAUCGAUUAUUCAGGCGCUGAUUGGUAUCCUACUAUCAUUAACUACGAGGACCACAUAAGACAAAUGAACAGCUAUGGGUUCAAGUAGAACGAACAGACUGACUGCAGAGCUUACGCAUAAUCUGCAAUGAAGUGUUAAGAAAAUAAAAAAAAAAUUGUUUUAUGUUGUUUAUAUAAUUAAUACAAUCUAGUUCUAGUUAAGUGAAUGUAUAAUUUUUCUAAGGCGUUGUGACAUGUCCGGUCUUUCUCUCUUUUACUGUAACGAUAAGGAUUAAAUGUAAUUGUAUAAAAUACAAAUUGUA